GAGAAUUAGACAGAUCUUGUUCUUGCUCAUUCAAUACUCGUUUUCUACUUCGGGAACAGAACACAGCAUACAUCUUCGAUGAUUAUUCCAACCGUGGGAAAAACUUUACUGAGGAUUACAGUGAUAUUUUUCUCAAUAUUUCUAGCCCUAAUUCUAUUCACACCGUCUUUCCCCUUCUUCCAAUACCCUGUAAAUUCUUCACCAUCAUAUAGACCAGAGAUAUGGAGUCUUCGAAGGAUUGUUGAAUGGAGACCUUGCAAUUGGUGGAUUCAAGGCCACCCAGCUGACAUUUGCAUUUGGUUUUUGUUGUUGAAAUGCUGCAGCUUUACCAGCCAAGAGUAAUGGGUAUAUUCGAGUGGAUUGCUAUGGAGGACUCAAUCAGAUGAGGAGGGAUUUGUGUGAUGGUGUUGGAGUUGCUCGCUUGCUGAACGCUACUCUUGUUUUGCCCAAAUUUGAAGUGGCUGCUUAUUGGAAUGAAUCCAGUGGAUUUGGAGAUGUGUUUGAUGUAGACUAUUUCAUCCAAAAAAUGAGUGGCUUCAUCGAAGUAGUAAAAGAGUUGCCUGCAGAGAUUGCAUCAAAAGAACCUUUUCAUGUUGAUUGUAGCAAACGUAAAGGUCUAUAUGACUAUGUUGAAAGUGUGCUUCCUUCCCUUUUGGAGCAUCGUUAUAUUUCAUUCACGCCGGCAAUGAGUCAAAGAAGGGAUAGGUAUCCACUAUAUGCCAAAGCUGCAUUCUGCCAGGCAUGUUACAAUGCUCUGCGCUUAACCAGCACGUUGGAGAAGAAAGCGUCUGAGCUUUUAGAAGCUAUACCGAAGCCCUUCCUUUCACUUCACCUUCGGUUUGAACCUGACAUGGUAGCUUAUAGUCAAUGUGAGUACUCUAAUAUGUCUCCUGCCUCUUUGCAAGCCAUAGAUGCUGCACGAGGAGACCGGAAAGCCUGGACUGGAGAACAGGCCCGUAUAUGGAGAAACCGGGGAAAGUGUCCCCUCACGCCAAAUGAAACUGCUCUCAUCCUUCAAGCUCUUUCUAUCCCAACAAACACAAAUAUUUAUUUGGCAGCCGGGGAUGGCCUGAUGGAACUCGAAGGAUUAACUUCAGUCUACACGAAUGUUUUCACUAAGUCGACCCUUCAUAGUGGUGAGGACUUCACAAGCAUGCAUGGUAACACGAAAGCUGCGCUGGACUAUUACGUGUCCAUCAGCAGCGAUUCAUAUGUGGCAACUUAUUUUGGAAAUAUGGAUAAAAUGGUUGCAGCAAUGCGUGCUUUGAAGGGAUUGCCGAAAACACUUUUCUUAAGCCGGAGGGGUUUUGCUGUGUUAACUUCUCAGGGGCUCAAGGGGAAGGCACUGCUUGAAGCCCUAUGGAAAGUUCAUAGAGAUGAUUUUGUAAUGGGUGUAGGAUCUGCUUUACCUGAUUGCUUUUGUGAAUACAAGUUAUGAGUUUAGUUUCCUAAAAUUUAAAUUCCUUCGGUAAGGGAUGGUUUAUCCAAUAGACAAUUGUUCAAGUUGCGCGUAAGUCAAGUCGUCAGCUGAGUUUAUAAUUGAUUCUAGAAGUUUCUUGAGAGAGUUGAACAUUAGGUGAAUAUAUAUUUUUGAACUCAAUUUUUUUCCAUUUUUGAAGGUUUGGAUGUUAAUUGUAAUUCAUGAGUUUGAAUUCAUUUAUUAUAAAUUUAGUCAUGUCUUAUA